AUGCAAGAGCCUAACUGGACCUUUGUGACUGAAUUCAUUCUUCUGGGAUUCUCCCUGGGCCCCAGGACCACUCCUCUGCUCUUCUCGGCCUUUCUAAUGAUCUACCUGUUGAUUAUUCUGGGCAACAGCUUGAUCGCCCUCCUCAUCUUCCUGGACUCACGCCUCCACACUCCCAUGUACUUCUUCAUUGGCGUCCUCUCCGUACUGGACCUGGGAUAUACCACUACAACGAUGCCCCACAUGUUGGCACAUCUGGCCAGUGAGAAGAAGACCAUCUCUUUUGUGGGUUGUGUGGCCCAGAUGUAUAUUUUCUUUGUGCUAGGUGUCACUGAGACCUGGCUCUUUGCCAUCAUGUCUAUAGACAGAUUUGUAGCCAUCUGCCACCCACUCAGGUACAAGGUCAUCAUGAGCCCUUGGCUGUGUGGGGCAAUGGUCAUUUUCUGUGCACUUUGUGGUGUUGCCUCAGCCCUUGUCUACACCAUCUUUGCCAUGAGAUUGCCCUAUUGUGGCCCUAACAAAAUCAAUCAUUUCUUCUGUGAAGUCCCUGCAGUUUUAAAGCUGGCGUGUGCAGAUACCUCAGUCAAUGACCGGGUAGACUUCAUUCUUGGUUUUAGUGUCAUACUGAUUCCACUGUCACUCAUCCUUGUUGUUUAUGUCAACAUCUUCAUUGCCAUCUUGAAGAUCCGCUCAGCACAGGGACGGCUGAAGGCCUUCUCCACCUGUGCCUCCCAUAUCACUGUGGUGACCAUGUUCUGUGUGCCGGCCAUGGUCAUGUACAUGAAGCCUGGCACUAAGGCCUCCCCAGAGCAGGACAAAAAGCUGGCCCUGUUCUACAAUAUCAUCUCAGCCUUCCUCAACCCCAUCAUCUACAGCCUCCGGAACAAGGAUGUGAAGAGGGCGUUCCUCAAGGUCGUGGGCUGGCGCAGAGCUCCAGAGUGA